AUGGCUAAAUCAUCAACUAAAUCUGCUAAGGCUGAUAAGAAGCAAGUUAAGGCUAAGAAGCAAGUUAAGAAGCAAGAGUCUUCUUCUGAAUCUAGCUCUUCUGAUUCUUCUAGCUCAUCAGAAUCUGAAUCAAGUUCAUCAUCCGAAUCUGAUUCUGAUUCCUCUGAUGAAGAAAAGGAAGAAGAAAAGAAGGAAUCUUCUGAUUCUGACUCCAGUUCUGAUUCUGAAUCCGAAGCUGAAGUGAAGAAAGAAAAGAAGGACGACUCCUCUGAUUCUUCAUCUUCAUCUUCAGACUCUGAUUCUUCAGACGAAGAAGAAGCACCAAAGAAGGAAAUCAAGAAGGAAGUCAAGAAGGACACCAAGAAGGUAGCCAAGAAAGAAGUUAAGAAAGAAGCAUCUUCAUCAUCUUCAUCAUCAUCCGAAUCUGACUCUGAUUCAUCUUCAUCUUCAUCUUCAUCUUCCGAUUCUGAUUCUGACUCAGACAGCGACUCAGAAGAAGAAGAAAAAGAUUCCAAGAAGCGUAAGGUUGAAGAGUCUUCUGAAGAAGUUGAAGAAUCCUCUGAAGAACCAAUCGCAAAGAAGCCAAAGACCAAUGAAGAACCAGCUACUUUAUUUGUUGGUAGAUUAUCAUGGAACAUUGAUGACGAAUGGUUAAGAAGGGAAUUCGAACCAGUUGGUGGUGUUAUUAGUGCUAGAGUUAUCAUGGAAAGAUCUACUGGUAAAUCUAGAGGUUAUGGUUACGUUGACUUCGACUCCAAGUCUGCCGCAGAAAAGGCAUUACAAGAAUAUCAAGGUAAAGAACUUGACGGUAGACCAAUUAACUUAGACAUGUCUACUGGUAAGCCUCAUGCUUCUAACCCAAAGACCGAUAGAGCUAAGCAAUUCGGUGAUGUUCCAUCUGCUCCAUCAGACACUUUAUUCGUUGGUAACUUAUCUUUCAAUGCUGAAAGAGACAGCUUAUUCAACACUUUCGGUGAAUACGGUACUGUCGUCUCGUGCAGAAUCCCAACACACCCAGACACUCAACAACCAAAGGGUUUCGGUUACGUUCAAUUUUCAUCUGUCGAUGAAGCCAAGGCUGCUUUAGAAGCUUUGAACGGUGAAUAUCUUGAUGGUCGUGCUUGUAGAUUAGAUUUCUCCACUCCAAGAGACAACAGCAAUGCCCCAAGAGGUGGCUUCGGCGGUAACCGUGGUGGUCGUGGUGAUUUCGGUGGCCGUGGUGGCUUCGGUGGUAACGGUGGUAGAGGCGGUUUCGGUGGCCGUGAAAGAUCUGCUCCUCCAAGAUCUGCUCCAAACUCAGCUGAAUUCAAGGGUACUAAGAAAACCUUCGAUUAA